UUUGUGAAAUGUGGCUAUGCAGGCUCAAAUUUUCCGGAGCACAUUUUUCCAGCUUUGGUUGGAAGACCCAUUAUAAGAUCAACCGCUAAAGUGGGAAACAUUGAAAUCAAGGAUCUCAUGGUUGGUGACGAAGCAAGUGAAUUACGCUCAAUGCUGGAAGUGAAUUAUCCAAUGGAGAAUGGCAUAGUUCGGAACUGGGAUGAUAUGAAGCACCUCUGGGAUUACACAUUUGGACCAGAAAAACUUAAUAUUGACACAAAAAAUUGUAAAAUACUACUUACAGAACCUCCCAUGAAUCCCACUAAAAACAGGGAGAAGAUUGUGGAGGUUAUGUUUGAGACAUACCAGUUUUCUGGGGUGUAUGUAGCCAUUCAGGCUGUUCUUACUUUGUAUGCUCAAGGUUUGUUGACUGGUGUUGUUGUGGACUCUGGAGACGGUGUCACUCAUAUUUGCCCAGUUUAUGAAGGUUUCUCUCUCCCCCAUCUCACCAGACGGUUAGAUAUCGCUGGGAGGGAUAUCACUAGGUACCUCAUUAAGCUCCUCUUACUGCGAGGAUAUGCUUUCAACCAUUCUGCCGACUUUGAGACCGUUCGCAUGAUCAAGGAGAAGCUGUGUUACGUGGGCUACAACAUUGAACAGGAGCAGAAACUGGCACUAGAGACCACAGUACUAGUUGAAUCCUACACGCUUCCAGAUGGCAGGAUUAUCAAAGUUGGUGGAGAACGGUUUGAGGCACCAGAGGCUCUCUUCCAGCCUCACUUAAUCAACGUAGAGGGGGUUGGUGUGGCUGAGUUGCUGUUCAACACCAUCCAGGCUGCUGACAUUGAUACCAGGUCUGAAUUCUACAAGCACAUUGUGCUGUCUGGAGGGUCCACCAUGUACCCCGGGCUGCCUUCGCGACUGGAGCGAGAACUUAAACAGCUCUACCUGGAACGGGUUCUGAAAGGAGACGUGGAAAAACUCUCGAAAUUUAAGAUCCGAAUUGAAGAUCCACCCCGUCGAAAGCACAUGGUGUUUUUAGGUGGCGCAGUUCUAGCAGACAUCAUGAAAGACAAAGACAACUUCUGGAUGACCCGACAAGAAUACCAGGAAAAGGGAGUGCGUGUGCUGGAGAAGCUUGGUGUGACUGUUCGAUAAAUCCCAAAGCUUGUUCCCAUCACAUGUCUAAAGCUUUUUUUUCUUUCAUUGCCAAUCUCUGAACUCACUCGGCUACAUGCUAUGGAAAGGCCUGUCUGUGGCCUUUUGACCCAAAGGUCAGGUUUUGUUCUGGUUUCUUGGGGUCGCUUUUGUUAAACGUUUCUUAAUGUGGCUAAAUUUGACUAUUAAAUUUGACCACUUCCCUGCAAACAAAACAGAGCAAAAGCAGCCUGUCUACUUCAUUGUUCCUUCCCAGUAGGCAAUUGGGUAAUUCUGGUAGGCUUUUUCUUCUGGGUUUAUUGCUGUAGUACUGCUAGCUUUUGUCUCUAGUUCACGAGGGGUUGUGUGCCUUUUUUAGCAUAAGAAAACCGUUAAAGAGGAGUUUUUUUUGCUAUUGGAUCAUUGUGGUGGUUAUCUUUGCAUCUUUUUGCCUCUCUCUACGUUAAGAUUUUUUUUUUCUUUCCUGCAAUUAGGAAUUUUGACUAAACAUUGUUAGAAACUAGUUUAACUAGCUGGAAUGGCUUUAAUGCGCUCUUUCAACGUCAUGUGGUUCCAUACGCGCUGCUGCCUAAACUGGCUUCUGAGGUGGUUUAUCCCUAGGGUGGUGGUGGGGCUGUCGUACCGUAUUUCUCUACGUGGGCAUGUACACAGUUGCCACAAACAGAGAAACACCUGAUAUUCUGGCAAAUGUAAAUUUGUGGCCUUAGGUGUCUCUCUUUUUCUGGAGGGAGGAGACAGGUUUGAGCUGUGUUGCUUUUACUGUUAAGGGACGGCUGGGGGUCAGUCUGACCAAAAAUGCCUCUUUUUAUAGCUAAAUUUUGGUACCGUGUUGUCUCGGCAUAGGGAGCAAGAAUGUUUAAUUAGCUGUUCUGUAAUUGUUGAGAAACUUAGAUGUGCUGAGACAGGAGCCUCUCAACUUCUGAAGAGGUUUAAUACUUUCAGAAAUGCUUGUGAAAACUGUAACUAUAGAUAUUUAAAAUGCCCAAACUAAGGUUUUUUUUUUUUUAAAGGUCUGAUAUUUUAAGUGCUUGUAUGUGCAUCAGAAGCACUUCCAUUAAACUUUCCAAGUAUAUUAACCUAGUGCCAAGUAGUUACUGCAAAUGAAUAUGUCAGUGACCGGGGUUUAUUGCAGCAAGCAGAUACUUACAAGCAACCACUGGCAGUAGGUUAUCAAGAAUGACCUGUAUUUGUUCCAGUUAAAAAUAACAUUGGAAUAGAUGUUUUUAUUGGUAAAUAUCCACAAUUCGUUUUGUCCAAGCUUGAUUUUUUGAUACUUAACGUGGGAUGGGGAAGAAAGCGAAAACUAGUGAUGAAAAUGCUGUUUCCAGAAAGUACAUUAAAGCUGAGUUGUUCU